AUGAAAAUGCAAUUCUUCACGCUUCGCGCAUCCCCACCAGCCCAUUCAUGCGGUGGCAGGAGGAGCAAGAGCAGCAGCAUCCGAGGCAACUAUUUUUUCAGCAGGGCAUGCUGCCCUCUCAGGCUCUGCGUCAGCGCGCAUCGUUCCACGGCUUCUGCGCUCGAGGACCUGUCAGAAAAGACGGAUCCUCCUCCUGGCCGUGCUGUUGCUGCCACUCCUCCGUCCUCGCUCUUUGCUCCUCGCUUCUCUAUUCCCUUCUGCGUCCCAUGCCACCCCCCCAUCGGCGCUAUAUACUCGCCCCAGCGGCGCAGGCGGUGCCCCCCCUGGCGCGCGCCGCGUCGCGCGCCGCCGGUCCGCGGCAUGCCGACGGGGUGCGGGACUCUGAAGAGGUUCAUAGCGGACAAAGGCUUCGGCUUCGUCGCCCCCGACGAUGGCACGCCCGACCUGUUCGCUCCAAAGCGCACCUUCAUCGGGGCGGAGACCGACCUUAAAGAAGGCAUACGGGUGACGUACACCAACGAGCUGGAGCAGCGCACCAACAAGCCGUUCGCGGCCUCCUGGAGCCUGCUGGACGGCGCGGGCGGUGCGGUCUUAGGCGGCCUCAGCGCCUGCCUGGGCGUGCCCGCGGCGCUGCCAG